UCAUUACCUGAUACAGUUCGUCGAAUUACAUAAAACCAAAAAAUUGUCAAGUGAAUUUUUUGCGGUGGAAUUCAAUGGGUAUUUCUCGUUUGAAUAUUCAUCUUUAGCCGAAAAACCGAUCCGAAUGAAAUAACAGGAGAACAGGAGAACAGGGGAAUAUUUUCGACGAUUGACGGUGAAAAUGGAGGGGCAAACUUCGCGCUCGCCAUUGGGCAUAGUUGUACCUACUAUAAUGAAACCUUGUGUACUUCAAGAGUAUGUCUUAUGCGGAUGCAUUAGUGUCCGUGCGUAUGUACAACACUGCAGUCGCUGGUCUGUUGCGAGAAGGUCCAGAUCAGAUUCUAUCGCGUUCAGCGAAGCUGUACCCCGAGCUGUACACAAUUUUAAGACGCGAGAUCGCGAGUUCGGAGGCUUUGAUUUUAUCGGGUUUUUAAUAAUAAAAAUUCCAACUAGUAUAAGUCGCUAUCGAACUAGUACGAUCGUACAUCGGUUCGCAAAAUAUUUUCGUCUAGAAUUAAAUGAAUAAAAAUAAUAAAAUGCCCAUUUGCACCUGUAAAAACAACGGAUACGUCGUGGAAAGUGAAGGUGAUGGAUUGCGUUAUCAUAAAUGCGAGACAAAACAUGCACCUAACGAAACAUCUGUAAAACACGAAUCGACAAACACAUCAGGAUCAAACGGGGAAAAUAAAGAUUUAGAAACUAUGAGAUAUCCCGAUGGCUCGGUCAGACUUCGUAAUCCGAACAUUGAGCUCAUGGACCAGGACAUUUUGUAUCAUCUUGCCCUCGGCAGUGAAUCACACGAUCUCGUUGAGAUGUUCGGCGAUGUUAAGUUUGUAUGCUUGAGUGGCACGCCCAAGAGAGUGGAACAAUUUGCAAACUACAUUAUGCAAGAAAUUGGUCACAAACUUCCCUGCGGUACAACGUUGCUCGACAUCAGUCAGUUCUCCUAUCGUUAUUCCAUGUACAAAGUUGGCCCUGUGCUUUCCAUAAGCCAUGGAAUGGGCAUUCCCUCAGUUGGAAUUUUGCUUCACGAGGUCAUUAAACUGAUGUACCACGCCAAGGUCAAGGAUCCAAUAUUCUUCAGGAUCGGAACAUGCGGUGGUAUCGGGCUGGAAGGCGGUACCGUCGUCAUAUCCGAAGAAGCGGUAGACGGCCUUAUGAGACCAUUUUUAGAACUUCCAGUUUUGGGUAGAAUGGUACACCGACCGGCGAGGCUGGACAAGCAUUUAAUACGCGAAUUGCAAGCGUUUGCUAAACCCGAUCAAGACCCGUACGACACGGUGGUCGGAAAAACGAUGUGUACCUACGAUUUUUACGAGGGACAAGGACGCCUGGAUGGCGCAUUUUGUGAUUUCACGGAAAAUGAAAAAAUGGAUUAUCUUAAUAAAGUGCACAAGGCGGGAGUCGUGAAUAUUGAAAUGGAAAGUUUAUCUUUUGCGGCUCUAACGCAUCAUGCUGGAAUAAAAUCGGCCGUCGUCUGCGUAACUCUUCUUGACCGUCUCAAGGGCGAUCAGGUACUGGCGCCGAAGGAAGUAUUGGACGAAUGGCAAAUGCGUCCACAAAAAUUAAUAUCUCGAUACAUUACAAGAUAUCUACAACGCAAGGGUCGCCUUUCCGUUGAAGGUCAUGGAUCAAUGUGCGUGAAAAGCCCCCGCCGUUUCAAACUCGUACAACAAGAAUCCGAGACUUACGAUUAAAAUAAGUAGUGCUUCCCUUGAACUUAAUUAAUUAUUAUUUUUUGUUCACCUGCAGUGAACUAAUACUGUAUCGUAAUGCAAAUACUUCAAUGUACAGAAAACUAUCAUAUUUGAGCCCUGGUAGUGCAACCCACGAAAAAUAUUAUGGCUGGACCAAUAACAUGAUGUGGCUAAAAUUUUGCUAUUAAUUUUUUACUCAUGCACUUAAGUUUUUUCUUCUUUGUUUUUCAUGACAAUUAUCGACACAAUCAUGGGUAUGAUAAUGUGUAUGCGCAUGUUACGGUGCACCACACUCGAUUUUCGAAUCAUUUAUACAUCAUAUGACUCUUGGAAUUUAUCAUGUUUAUUUGUAAUCGAAACGGGAUAUCCAACGAAUGUAUUGUAACGCGUGGCGCAGAGAAGAAAAAUUGUAUUAGGUUUGUUUUACUGUUAUUUUUUAUUUAUUCGUUUUUUACUCUUUCUUGCCUCAUAUCAUAAUUUAUACGGUAAUUAAUUUUAACAGCAAAGAGAAAAUACUAAUACGGUAUUACAUCGUAUCUUUAGACAAAUACAGGUAAUGUAAAAGACUUAAUAAUGUUGUUCGUAUUAUUAUCGUUAGUAUCGUCAUUAUCAUUAUUAAUUAUAACAAGAAACAGAGACAUGUUUUGAUGAAAACUAAAUUUGUUCCUUUUAUGACAGAUGUACAAUACACCUAUUUACUUAAAAAUCUCAUGGGUUGCUCUAUGAAGGAUUAAACUAGAACAGCGAAAUAGUAAAUUGACGCUUGCGCCGAAAACAUUUUAGGUAUUUACACACAAGGAUUCACAGCUGUACUGGAUUCUGAAGUGAAAAUAAUCACAUCCACCUGUGAAAUAAUCGUUUAUUGUCUGUUAAUAAAUUAAUAAUUUCUUUUCGAUCUUUACAUGGAAAAUUUCGUGGAAGAAUUGGAACUUCAAUUUCACCAAAUAUCAGAAUUUCACAGCUAUAGUUUAUGAAUUAUAAUUUUGAAUUACUGAAAAAAUUAUACUUACGAAGUACAAAAGGUGUAAACUGGCACAAAUUUCCAAAUACCAAGACUACACAUUCUGUCACUGUUAUACGAGGGUGGGGUGCCAAUUUUAAAUUUACCAUGUUUUCAUUCGAAUCAUCAUUUGGUUUUUGCUGCUCUUUUGGAGCUCGUUUCAAAAGAUCACAAAAGGGGCCAAAAUCAAAAGUGCCAAUGCGAUCAACAAAGAUGCUAGCUCCAUCGAAAGCUCAAUCGUAAAAUUUUGUUUCUUUGUGGUUGAUUGAAGCACGUUCAUUUUUUCAAUCUCCACCCUUGUAAUGUGUAGAAUAUCGAAUAGUCGCACUUACUGAACUUUCGUCAUAUCAAAGUCCUUUUACAUUCCAUACGAAUUAAUCGCAGUAUUCGUUAAAUUGUUGGUGAUGUAUGCCGUUGGCAGCUACUUAGUUAAUGGUGUUUCAAUAAAUAAAUUUGGUGUCCUCUA